AUGCCGGGCAUCCCAAGAACCAAGGGCUGCACAGUCUGCAAAGUCAGAAAGAUAAAGUGUGACGAGAAUUGGCCCAGUUGCACCCCUUGCCGGCGCUCCAAACGCGAAUGUCCGGGCCCAACACCGCUUGUCAAUGUCUCGUACAUCGCUCCUCGAGAUGCUGCGCCAGGAUCAGCCAGCCAUGGCAGCAAGAGAGGAGGGCUGGUCAUUCGUGCUGGCCAUCGCGCCGCCAGACCCAAAACUCAAGUCAACAAACAAGCCCAUCCAUCCGGAUGCGGCCCUCUCACAACAUCGAGAUGCCAGGAAUCGCGCUGCCUCGGCGCUCUCCGCUCUCAUCCUACGAGUCGCCCUGACCAGCUUGCAUCGUAUCUCACUGCUGUGUUAAAUGACGGCACCUACCAGGGUGACCUCGCCCAGCUGGACGUGCUGUCCUUCAUCCCUCAACGCCUGCACGUCAGUCCAUGCCUGACUGAUAGCGUGGCAUUCUGGUGUCACUUACAACUAGACACCCGUCGAAAACUCCCAAAGCCCAGCGUCGCAACCUUGCAUUACUACAGCAAAGCCCUCCAAAGCCUCCAGAGCACCUUGGAAGGCAAGAAUGCCUAUCGGACUGAAACGCUGGCGGCGGCGGUCCUGCUCCAGCGAACCACUUUGCCUUUCCACAAAAUGGUCAAGUCCGACGCGAUUGCACAUGCCAAGGGCAUCUCAGCUUUGGUCAUGCAGAGAGGCCCUCCUAAUUUGGAUGACGAUCUUGAUGUCUCGCUGGCUAUUGAGUUGUGCUCGAACCUGUUCUGCUGGCAUUCUCAUGGAGAUGAAGAUGACACACUUCUUCCCGAGAUGGAGCCAGCAUCAACCGAUGAUGACGACCCAGAACCCCCGGCGGAAUCUUUGGCAAUUCCGGGACAAGAAGUAGUCCGAGAAGCUUUUGUCGACUUGCUGAAUACUAUACCCGCCCUCAACUCCAUCCAUGAAAAUCCCGAAUCCAGGGAGACAGUAUCGCUCGAAGCAGCUGAUGUCCGUCGACGACUCUACGAUUUAAACGCCAUCGCGUCUAAAGCGGCUUCCCAGAUCAAGAAUCAGCUCACCGAGAUGGGCCUGAUCAAAGUAUUACCCGAUCCCGAGUCCUUUGUCAAACAAAAAUAUGAAUUCGCCUCAGUCGACAUAGCACAAGCUGUUCUUGGAAUUUUCAUUCUCGAAAUCAUUGCACCCAGAAUGCUGCUUGGGCUCAUCUCACUCUGUGAUCCCCCAGAAUCGGAUGACGUAUUGCAAAAAUACCGGUCUGCCUCCGUCCAACUUUGGAUGUGCAUCCCGUAUUUGGAUAGACUGGAACUCACCGAUGCGCAGAUCAUCUCAUGCGCCUUCUGCCUCAGUUAUGAAGCGGCGGAUGCCACCGAGAGGGAUCUCGUCGCGGACGUUGCCGCGCGUUACGACACCUACCUCUCGAGGCUGAAGAACAACCGCACCUUGUUGAUCGAGCGUUUGAUAAGGACCGCAAAGCAAUUGACCGGCAGUGCAGACAUCAUGCCCAUACAAGUGCUGAUGAUUAACCCGACUAAGAAAUCACCGCCCACUAAGAAGAGCCAGCCUCGGCGUCCAUCUAGAAAGCCACAGUCUGCCCAUCUUCUUCACGGCUGCUUGUUCUUCCAGGGGAUCUUGAGCCCAGAUGACCCUUGA